AAGAAAAGGGGCCUAUGUGGGCUUACCGAUAAAUCGACGUUGUUUUUGUUUACACGCGGAAUAAUCUUGUCAAACUUUUCGUUAAAUCUCUGAUAAAACAUUUUAUGGGACAUGGCAAAAUGUGGCAACUGUUGCAAUAGUUGGACUAGUUAAUGCUGCCGCAGCAGUUGCAUCUGCUGGCCGCGCCCGGCGACCACUUGUUGUUGUUGUUGUGGACUUCUACUGAUGCGAUGCUGGAACUUGAACUAUAAUUAAACCAUUAUUAAACUAUAACUAUCAAAGUUGGCUUAAAAGCAAAGUGCAGUAUGUGCCACUCGAUAAGUGCUGUAGUCGUGUGUUGAAAUAGAGCAAUCGCAGUGCGUCAUGGAGUCAUAAUUUUGACAGCAGACAAAAAGAAAAUCAUAAAAAACUGAAACGUCGUCGGCGUCACAACAGCAGCAGCAAAACUAAUUUAAUUCAAUUUUAAAGCAACCGAGCAACGAACACGUAUCAAUUGUAAGGGGAGAGAGUGAAAAAAUCUGCGAGCGAUUAACUAGCAAUUGCUUUAAUAUUACCUAUUACCUCAGUCAAGUGCAUAAUAGUUGAGACACAACCAAAGAUUAACAUCGGAUUGGAUUAUGGCGGGACAGAGCAAGUUAUUGGACCCACUGUGCAUCAGCUGCAAGGACUUCCAGCACCCAUGGACCGAUCAUUGUGCGAGUGCCGCCGCCGGGAUACUGCUCUCGGCCACGCCCUACUGUCUACGCGUCUACACAGUGGUCUAUGCCUUUUCCUUGCUAAUGCGCCAUCGUGUGCCCAACCUGACUGAUCUCAAGCGCACUCUUUUAGGCAUCAUACAGUCCACGGCUUUCCUGGUGACCAAUGCAUAUUCCUUUAUUAUGUACAAUUGUUUGCUCCGGAACAUGCUCGGACGCUAUAACUUCUACACAGUGGCCUUUGUGCCCUGCUUUUUGGCCUCGUUUACGGCCAUCCUGGUGGAACGUCCAGCCCGCCGUCCGCUGCUGACUCUGUAUGUGGCCAACGUGGCCACGGAGGCGUUAUGGAAGAUGGCGGAAUCGCGUGGCUGGGUGCGCUCUAUUUCAAACGGUCAGACGUUCAUUUUCGGGCUGAGCAUGUCGGCACUGCUGUAUAUAUACCGUCGUGGACCAACCCAAGAUUCGAUCUUUAACAUUCUGCGCCAUUUCGUAGGCAAGGAGGAGGCUGGCCCAAUAGUCAACAAUUGGGAUACAUUGCCCGGCGAGCAGCCAGCUCCCCCGCAAAACCGUCCCAGCGUCAGUUUUUCGACCAUCUCCGAUUGGGUCCGCGUUUACAGCAAUUUCCUCAACGCCAAGCACGCCAGCUGCCGCCAUAACCAGAGCUGCAUUGCCUACUCCAUCAGCGGUGGCGUUAAGCCCUUUGUGAUCGGCGUGGCCCUCCAGGUGGCGCUGAAGCUGGUGAUGAAUGUCAGCAAGGUAGCCAGUGGCAAAAUGAAAUGGCGGAAGCACAUCUUUGACCGCAGCAUCCUCCCGUUGGGUAUCUUUAUGGGCAGCUUCUCUUUUCUCUAUAAGUCUGUGUCCUGUCUGCUGCGCCAUAGCUUCAAUAGAGACGAGGCCGCAUUUGCCAUUCCUGCUGGUCUGGUGGCUUCGGUGGCCUUCACCAAGUAUCCAGACAACACGGUGGCCCUGUAUGUCAUGUGGAAGGCUCUGCAGAUACUCUGUUCGAUUGGCCAGGAGAAGGGUAUUGUACCAGUCAUACCCAAUUUUAUGCUCUACCUUUACUCGUUCUUCACGGCCGUGCUCUUCCACGCGGGCAUCUUAGAGCCCAAGUCUCUGCGACCCAGCUACUACAAGUUUCUGCAAGCCAUAUCAGGAGAUAGACUGAGCCGCUUUAAUCUAAGCGCCUUCGAUGUGUUCGGUCUCAACACCCAGCAACAGGCGCUGGACACCAUAAAGUCGUUGAACAUUGUCGAGAAAUCAAUACUCCCCGCCUUCUCGUUCGCUUCUUAAGAAGAUAGCCGCAAUCUAUGAUAACCUACAGAUGUACACAUUCAGUCUCAUGUUUCAGCCAGCCGCUGGACGCGCCUCUCCAUAUCCAUAAUAGGAGUAAAAUUUUCAAGCGUGUAUAUAUCUAA